CGGCGGCGAGAAGAUGGCGACUUCGAACAAUCCGCGGAAAUUCAGCGAGAAGAUCGCGCUGCACAACCAGAAGCAGGCGGAGGAGACGGCGGCCUUCGAGGAGGUCAUGAAGGACCUGAGCCUGACGCGGGCCGCGCGGCUCCAGCUCCAGAAAUCUCAGUACCUGCAGCUGGGCCCGAGCCGUGGCCAGUACUACGGCGGGUCCCUGCCCAACGUGAACCAGAUUGGGAGUGGCACCGUGGAUCUGCCCUUCCAGCCCAGCGGAUUUCUGGGGGAGGCCCUGGCAGCGGCUCCUGUCUCUCUGACACCCUUCCAGUCCUCGGGCCUGGACACCAGCCGGACCACCCGGCACCACGGGCUGGUAGACAGAGUGUACCGGGAGCGCAGCCGGCUCGGCUCCCCACACCGCCGGCCCCUGUCAGUAGACAAACAUGGACGGCAGGCAGACAGCUGCCCGUACGGCACCGUGUACCUCUCGCCGCCCGCAGACACCAGCUGGAGAAGGACCAAUUCUGACUCUGCCCUGCACCAGAGCACAAUGACGCCCACCCAGCCAGAGCCCUUUACAGGCGGGUCCCAGGAUGCACACCAGAAAAGAGUCUUACUGUUAACAGUCCCGGGCAUGGAGGAGACCACGUCGGAGACAGACAAGACCCUUUCCAAGCAGGCGUGGGAUACCAAGAAGACGGGGGCCAGGCCCAAGUCCUGCGAGGUCCCCGGAAUCAACAUCUUUCCAUCCGCCGACCAGGAAAACACUACAGCCCUGAUCCCUGCCACCCACAACACGGGGGGCUCCCUGCCCGACCUGACCAACAUCCACUUCCCCUCCCCGCUUCCGACCCCGUUGGACCCUGAGGAGCCCACCUUCCCCGCACUCAGCAGCUCCAGCAGCACUGGCAACCUUGCAGCCAACCUGACACACCUGGGCGUCGGCGGCGCCGGCCAGGGGAUGGGUACACCAGGCUCCUCACCGCAGCACCGCGCCGCUGGCGUCAGCCCGCUGUCCCUGAGCACCGAGGGGAGGCGGCAGCAGGCUCAGCAGGUGUCGCCCACCCUCUCCCCGUUGUCACCCAUCACUCAGGCCGUGGCCAUGGAUGCCCUGUCUCUGGAGCAGCAGCUGCCCUACGCCUUCUUCACCCAGGCAGGCUCCCAGCAGCCGCCGCCGCAGCCCCAGCCCCCGCCACCACCGCCACCCACGUCCCAACAGCAGCCGCCCCCACCACCGCCACAGGUGCCCAUCGGCCUCCCCCCAGGAGGCCCCCUGAUGCCGAGUGCCAGCUUGACACGGGGGCCCCAGCUGCCCCCACUCACAGUCACAGUACCAUCCUCUCUCCCCCAGUCCCCCCCAGAGAACCCGAGCCAGCCGCCGAUGGGGAUCGACAUCACCUCGGCGUCCGCUCGGCAGCAGUACCGCACUAGUGCCGGCUCCCCGGCCAACCAGUCUCCCACCUCGCCCGUCUCCAAUCAAGGCUUCUCCCCCGGGAGCUCCCCGCAACACUCUUCCAGCCUGGGCGGCGUGUUUGGGGACUCGUACUACGAGCAGCAGAUGGCGGCCAGGCAGGCCAAUGCUCUGUCCCACCAGCUGGAGCAGUUCAACAUGAUGGAGAGCGCCAUCAGCUCCAGCAGCCUGUACAGCCCGGGCUCGACGCUCAACUACUCACAGGCGGCCAUGAUGGGCCUCACGGGCAGCCAUGGGAGCCUGCCAGACACACAGCAGCUUGGCUACCCCAGCCACAGCAGCAUCCCCAACAUCAUCCUCACAGUGACAGGAGAGUCCCCACCCAGUCUCUCUAAAGAAUUGACCAGCACACUGGCCGGGGUUGGCGAUGUCAGCUUCGACUCUGACAACCAGUUUCCCCUGGACGAACUCAAGAUCGACCCCCUGACCCUGGACGGACUGCACAUGCUCAACGACCCUGACAUGGUCUUGGCUGACCCGGCCACCGAGGACACCUUCCGGAUGGACCGCCUGUGAGCGAGCGGCACACCACUGCCCAGCCCCCGGCUCCAUCACCCCGCUGGUCAGUGGUCCCGACGGCAUCUCCCGCAGCCCAGGGACGGCCAUGCUCUGUCCCUCGCAAACGGCCGAGCUUGUGAUUCUGAGCUUGCAAUGCCGCCAAGCGCCCCCUGCCCUGCCCCCCCGGCUGUUCACCUCCCUUGUGAGGCCGAGCAUCACCCCCACAGACCCUCCCUUCGCGUGCGCUCUCUUGCCCCCCACCCCGGGCCAUGAGCCGUCCCCCCAGAAGAUGUGGAAAGCGUGUUGGGCAGGGCCACUGGCCUGGGGGGGCCGCCGUGGUCCUUGGCGGUGGUGGGCUGAGGUGCAUUUUCCGACUGUUGUCCAGCUCUCACUGCCUUCCUUCGUCCCCGGUGCCCCCACCCGCCUGCCACCCCCAGCCCGUGGUUAGGUAGAGAGCCAGACCCACUCUGCCGAAGGGAGGAGGCGCCAGAGAGAGAGGGGCGGACACAAAGCAAAAUAAACACUAUUUUGACUGCCGUCUUUUAUAUUUCUGAGCACACAUGGAACACCCGAGUCCGGCCCGUGGUGGAGGAACGCCGAGGUGUGGACAGAGCAUGUGGCGCAGCGGCAUCUCCCAGGCCCACCCCCGCCUCACCCACCCUGGCCGGGGCGCACGGGCCCGCUAGGGGCCGCACGUGGAGGCAGAGACGCCUUCUGGGGGUUUUACAGCUUGUUCUCGUCUUUCCUUCUCUGUCUUGUGGUCACCGUUACUGCUACGUAGAGAAUGAGCCGGAGAGGGGUGGCCAGGGCGUUUUUGUUGUUUUCUUGUUCGCGUCUUUGGGUUUGCAUUUACAUUUUGGUUGUAGAGGAGUAAGUAGCUGACUCCUUCAAGCCAACACUUGCCUGAGAGCAUGUUUUUAUUCCAGAAAUCCUGCGUUAUGUACUUUUAAGCUAACUGGAAGCAGUCCACUGCCAGCUGGUUCCAAGCUGUCUCCCUGGCCUUUUCAGCCUUGCCCCUCAUCAUCUCCGUACGGAAGGGCCCAGCGGCUGGCGGCCAUGCAAGGGGGCUUGUCCUGGCAGAAGCUCGCAGCGGUGGCUGGAGGUUUGUCAGCUACGGCCAAGUAACAGACUUCCAGGAAGGAGCCACGGCUUUUAUGAAGGGUCUCGAGAAGACCCGGUCUGCCUGGCGCUCCAGACCCCGAGGCUGGCAGCACCUGCGGUCCCUCUGUUCGCAGAUGCCCCAGAGACGAGGCUUUCUUCUCACCCCCACCCCGAGAGCCAACCCACAUUCGUCCCCUCUGGCCACCCCUCUCGUAGCUCCUCCUGGCAAGGCUGGACUGGAAAGCAGGGAGCAGUGUGCAUGUUAGUGGCACGUUUCCAGGUGCUUCUCAAAGUGCCUCUGGAGGCCAAGGGGACCGUCCCUGCGCCCUCCAGUCCCUGUGAGGGGGCGGCGGGGGUGGCUUUGUUUUCUGACGGCUGCUUUGAAAUAGGAACCUCCGUUGCAAUCCCUCCGAACUCUCAUCUCAGCUCCUGCUUGCUCCACCGCCUGCAGCCAGGCUGGCACCUCCUGCCUGGUGCAUUUCUCUGUGGUGUCCUGGCCACCGCCUCACCAGGGUCUUGGGAGCCCUGGCCUCUGUCUUUGGGAGCCAGAUUUGAUCCUAGCGACCAUCCGUGUCAUUCUGUCUAAGCAGCUGGGCGGCUGCGAGCGUGAGAGGGCCCCCCUCGGACACUACACCCCACCGCCGUCAUCAGCUGGGGGCACAGUGUCUGUCCGCCCAGGUCAAGGGCCCGGCCUCUUACAGUGGUGGGAGCUGGGGGCAAAGAGUGGGGACUUUUUUUUUUUUUUUUUUAAAGAAAAACUACAUGUACAUAGAAGAGUUUGAUUACCGUUAGACUUGUAUGUAGAAAUUUUUUUAAAAAGGCCUUAAUAAAAUUACAAGCGAC